AUGGAGAUGGAGACUGAAACGCCGUCGUCUCUAACAGCAGACCUAAUCACAGCUCUCGAGCAAGCAACCCUAAUAGCUAAGCAGCUCCCAAAUCCAAUCGCUGCCGAUCGUUCUCACAUCCAACAAAUCCACGCCGCCCACCGCCGCCUAACCCUCUUCCUCUACCCCCCGCCGCCGCAGCCUCCCGCUCCGCCGAGAUCGCAGCCGGAAAAUUCCGUCUCCUCCGCCGUGGGCGGAGGCGGAAGCGACGAGCCCAUGGAGGCAGUGGACGACGAUGGGGAGGACGAGCAGGAUUCGAGGUACGUCGAGACGGUGGAGGGGAGGCUGAGAGCGUGCUCGAUACAGAACAAGAGGCUCAAGAGGCAGCUCUCGCCGUCUCCGGCCGCUGAUUGGCGGCGGAGCGUCGGGGACGUGGCCGUGAUGGGCGGCGCUCCGGCGGCGGGGUUCGAUCCUGUUGGGACUAAGCUGAGGUCUCUCGAUCUUAUCUAUCAGUUCCAUGCUUGA